UGACACUUCAGAUGAUGAAAAUUUGGCACCAGGGGAAAUUGUGUGGGCAAAGUACCGACCAACUUCUGCUCCCCUGACAUCACUGGACUUUCCCCUUCUCCCUUAUAUAUUAGUGAAUUCUGCUCCAUGAACACAUUCAGAACACUGCAUUUCAGUGCAGAUAUAACAUUGAACAGGUCCUGGAUCCAUCUAAAGUCUGGUGUCAUUAUAAUAAAUUACACUGCAGACAAUAUUAAGAGACCAACUACAGAAUGGAGGACUACAAGGUGACAGCAGUCGACAUCGAAGCCGCUAUUGGAGGUGUUUAUAAACCUACCGUGGAAGCUGUGAAGCCGUCCAGAUCUUGGAUAUGGACGAUAGCUGGUGUUGCUUUCUUCCUUUCCCUCUGUGCUGUAGCAUCUCUCUGUUUUGCAUGGCAUUUCACGAAUAAACAUCAAGUGGAGUCUUUCAAGGAGCUGCAAAACACUCCAAGCACAGGUCAGCAGAAAAUGCUAACACAGAUCGCCAAGAGUACAAAGGCAGCCAUUCACCUCCAUGGUAUACAUGAGCAGCAUGACACAAAGUCCCCACACUGGGUGAGUGGAGUGGACCAAUCCUUCACUAAAGGAGGCCUGAAGGUGGAGAACAAUGCCAUCCUAAUUCCCCACGAUGGCCUGUACUUUGUCUAUAGCCAGGCAUCGUUCAGCAUCCUCUGCAAGUCAAGUGAAGAAGAUAACGACGGUUCGAACACACAUCUGAGCUACGGCGUUCGGUGGUCAUCUCUCACAUCACCAUCCAAAACUAAACGGUAUCUGCUCAAUGCAGUCAAAUCCGUGUGCCAAACCAAAACAGACGAGCAGAUGAAUGGACACGUCUACGAAUCCAUUUACCUCGGUGCCGUCUUUCAGCUUUAUCAGGGGGACGAACUGUCAACAGAGACCAACCAUCUUGAUGGCAUCAGGACUCACAGUUCCCAAACCUUUUUCGGGGUGUUUGAGCUGUGAGCAUGUCAAGGACACAUGCUGACCAAAUGUGAAGACAAAUUGUUUUAUGUUAAAACAACGACGUUGUAUUUCUCAGGGUGGUUUGUGAAAAUUAAUCACAUGAGGAAUGUGAAAUUAAUAACUUUUGUCAAUGUAAAAGUUGCAAAUAUGAUACAGUGUAUCACAGUGCUGCAUUGUACUUCCUGCAUUAUGGUGUAAUACCUAGUGUGUGAGAAGGCUAUUGAACUGAGAAAUAGGAGAGCACUACUCCUCUGUACUCUUCUUAGACCAGCAUGUUAAGCUUUUAUGUUAAUACUGAAAAACUGUAGCUCACUACAGAAACUGCUCAUGUCCAAAUCGAAUGUUGUAAUGAACGCACUUUUUUUGGUUUUGUGUUUUAACUGACGAAGAACAAGCAUUCUGUAUUUAUUAUUGUAUUUUGUGAGACAUUAUAAUAUGUAUUUAUUCAUUCAAA